UUUUAACUAAUGUUGAUUUGAGUUGACCGUCAUGGUUGUUAUAAGUCGACUGAAGGGAAGCAAAUCCUUGUCCUGAAAAUUAUCCUAGAAAAUCAACCAACAAGGCCUCCCCCUCUUCCGCCCUAACUUUUUCCAUUCAGCUCUCAAGACUGAAGAGCAGCUUCGGCAAAUAUCUCCCACAGUGCCUUAUCCUGAUCCAUCAUGGUGAAAAAGAAUCUACAAGCUUGUUUCUAUUGAAAGAUAUCCCCGAUUCGCAGCAUCUCUUUAAGUUGAGUGGAGAGCGGAGUGGAUUGGUGAGAUGAAGCCUAAGACUAGACUUGUAUUCAUUUGUUAUGUUGUGUAAGUAUUGACUCUUUGUUUAUGACUUCCUCAUGGCUUGGCAGAAAAAAGGGAAAAAAAUUUAUCUGUCCCUUUGUCUAUGUAUAAGAGGGAACUGCUUGUUCUUUCUAGUAAAUAUUGUGUGGUUGGCAAUACAUCCAAACUAGCUUGCUAUUUUGGGCCUAAUGGCCUUAGGCCGAGCGGAACACAAAUCAAGAUCCGUAACUCGUUAGCGUUCGCUUCAUGUUCAUGUAACGACAAAAACACCAGAUUUUCUUUGUUGAGAGAAAGCAGGGCCUAACAUAUGGCGGAAUCUGUUGUGUCCAAUGUUGCAGCAAGACUUGAGGACUUAGUAAUUGAAGAAGCUAAAUUCUUGCGGGGCGUGGCUGAUCAAGUUAAGCAUUUGCAAAUGGAGCUCGUUUGGAUGAAGAGCUUCUUAAAAGAGGCAGAUUCGAGACAAGCUGAGAAUGAGAUGGUUCGUAUGUGGGUUGCUGAAAUUAGAGAGAUUGCUUAUGAUGCUGAGGAUGUCAUUGAAACUUUUGCUCUCAAAAUUGCAUCCAGAAGGAGGGGAGGUAUUUCGAAUUUCAUCAAAAGAUCUGCCUGCAUCUUCAAAGAGGGAUGGAUGCUCCACAAGGUCAGGUCAGACAUUGAAGGAAUCAUAAGCAGAAUCACUGACUUGGUUCGACGGUUACAGUCCUAUGGAAUAAAAGAAUUGUCAGAUGGAGCAAGCUCAAGUUCUUCAUCUAAGAGGCAACAGUUAAGGCAGUCUUACCCUCAUAUGAAGGAACCCAAUGCUGUUGGGUUGGAUAACGCCAUAAAAGAAUUGGUCUCGGUUCUUGUAGAUGAGGGAAGGCAUUUCCGCGUUGCUUCCAUAUGUGGCAUGGGUGGUCUAGGAAAGACUACUCUGGCUAAGAAGGUUUACCAUCAUGCUCAAGUGAGAAAUCAUUUCAAGCACUUUGUUUGGGCGUACAUUUCUCAGCAAUGCCAAAGAAGAACUGUGUGGAGAGGAAUUUUAUCCAGCCUAGGUCUUAUAGAUGAGAAGGGUGGGAUAUUGCUAGACAUGGGAGAUCAAGAUCUGGCUGCAAAAUUGUAUGAAUUCCUGAAAGAAAACAAAUGUCUAGUGGUACUUGAUGACAUUUGGACAACUGAAGAUUGGGAUGCUAUUAGCCCAGCCUUCCCAAUGGAGGAGGAGACAGGUAGCAAAAUACUGCUCACCUCUCGUAACAAGGAUGUAGCUUGGCAUGCAGACUCAAGAGGUUGCCUCCACGAACUACAGUUCUUAACAGAUGAAGACAGUUGGAAAUUGUUCCAACAUAUUGCGUUUCCUAGAAGUGAUUCUGCAGGCUAUGUAAUUGAGGAAAAAAUGGAAGAGUUGGGAAAGGACAUGGUUAAACAGUGUGCUGGGUUGCCAUUAGCCAUUGUUGUUCUAGGAGGAAUUUUGGUUACAAAGCAUUCAUUAAAUGAUUGGCAAAUCGUGCAUGAAAAUGUGAAGUCAUACUUAAGAAGAGGUAGAAGUUGGGGAAUCCAUGAAGCAAUAGCUUUAAGUUAUGAUAAUUUGCCGCCUCAUUUAAAACCAUGCUUUUUGUAUUUGAGUGUUUUCCCGGAGGAUUACAAGAUUCAUGUUGGUAAAUUAAUCAAAUUAUGGGUGGCAGAAGAUAUUGUGUCACUAGCAGACAGUGAAGAAAAUGGAGAAGAAAUGAUAGAAGAUGUAGCAGAAGGCUACUUAAGUGAGCUUGUAGAAAGAUACAUGGUGCUAGUGGGAGAACGAGAUGUAAGCUCAAAGAUCAAAACAUGCUGGAUGCAUGAUCUUAUCAGAGAUUUCUGCUUGUUGAAGGCAAAACAAGAAAAUUUCACCUAUGUUCUUGAUCGUUUUCAAAUGGAGCAAGCUGAGGCUAGCAUCUUGUCCCCUUUAAUUAGUAAAGUUCGCAGGCUUGGCAUUAAUGAUUCCUUUCUGAUAAAUAGGAUUAAAAGCCCACAUCUCAGAUCUGCAUUGUUCUUUGAUCAAUACUUUGAGAGGGAGCUUUUGGAAAGGUCUACGCUCUCAAAAUGGCUGGGGGAAGAAGACUAUGGGGAAAGUUUUACUAUUGUUGAUGCAUGUUUAGAAUCGCUUCGUUGGGUCUCUUGGCUCUGUGAGUUAAGGCAUAAAACUCGAGGGUUAACGAGAUACAUUUGCAACAAUUUCAAAUUGCUUAGAAUCCUAGAUUUUGGAGAUGCGAAUAUUUUAUUUUUGCGCAUAUUAUUACUAAGUGAUAUAGGUAGUCUCAUCCAUUUGAGAUUUUUGAGUCUUGGCCGAUGUGCUUUCGCGGCAAUGUUGCCAUCAUUUAUAAGCAAACUAAGGUUCUUGCAAACCUUGGAUUUAAGAGAUUGUGUUGGGGUUUAUGUGCCUAAUGUUUUAUGGAAAAUGGAGCGGUUGAGGCAUUUGUAUCUCCCUCAAAAAAUGGUUAGUAUGAGAACCAAAUUGAAAUUGAAUACUUUAAAAAACUUGCAAACGCUUGUGAAUUUUAAUACUAAGAAUUGUUAUCUUGAAAAUAUUUACUGCAUGAAAUAUCUUAGGGAAUUGGGGAUAAGAACACCCUUCAUUGUUGAAAACUUUAAGGAGGACUCGAAUUUGAACACGCCGGUUAUCACAAGUAAACAUCUUCGAUCCUUGUCCAUUAUUAAGAAUGAUGAUGAUCACGAAAGUAUAGAUCCAAGGCAUUUGACAUACCUGCUCUCUAGCUGCCAUAAUGUCUGUGAGUUGCAUUUAUCUGCCGAGAUAAGGAAGUUACCAGAACCUCAGCACAUCCCUUCAAAUAUUGCUCACAUUUACUUGGCUAGGGCUAUGCUCGAUGAAGAUCCAUUGCCAACACUACAGAACCUACCUAAUCUAAGGAUUCUCGAAUUAGAAGAAUCUGCAUUUGUCGGAAAGGUGAUGAUUUGUUCCGCACAAGGUUUUCCUCUGCUCCACUCUUUGAGUAUUAUUUCUCAGACAAAUUUAGAGGAGUUGAGGGUGAAUGAAGGGGCAAUGCCCAAUCUACACCAUCUGAGGAUUGCAGAUUGUAGAAAGUUGAAGAUGCUGCCAAAUGAGUUGAGGUUCGUCACAACUCUCAAAGAAUUGAAGAUUGAAGGGAUGCCAAAAGCAUUCAAAGAUAAAUUGGUUGAAGGAGGAGAAGAUUCAUACAAAGUUCAACAUGUGCCUUCUAUCAUAUUUCAAAAUUGUGAUUAUUGAAUUAUGAUCAUCAGGUGAAGUCGUGAAAAAGAAGCCACAAAGCUUGUUUCUCUUGAACGAUAUUCCCAAUUCGCAGAAGCUCUUUUUAGUUGUGUGGAGACUGGAGUGGAUUGGUGAAUGAAGCCAAAGACUCUACUUGCAUUGAUAUGUUUAUGUUGUACCAGAAUUGACUCUUUGUUUAUAACUUGUAUUGAUUUGUUAUGUUGUACUUGUACAAGUAUUGACUCGUUGUUUGUGACUUGUAGUGAUUUGUUAUGUUGUGGAGUAUCAACUCUUGGUUUAUGAGCUCCUUGCGGUUUGGCAGAUAAAGGGGAAAAAUUCAUCUUUCCGUCC